AACGCUGUUUUAUUAAGUGACAAAUCCAUGUACACGUGCUGAUUAAAGAUUUUCUGAAAUGAGUAAGAUAUUAAAACGGUUAAGUGUGCUUGAGUUUCCGGAGUCAUCACGCAUAGCACUUCAGUACCUGACAUCAUGUUUCACAACCUCAUCAGGAGGUGCCAUUCCUGGCCUGGGAGGAGGAGCUGAGAACUUUGCAGUGGAAGUUAGUCAGGACUAUGUAUUGUUCAAGUCAGCACCUGGCAGAACAAGAGGACCACAAAAGAAACUUAAUGCAAUUCAGGAACUCCAGUUGUUAGAGAUGGUAUGCAGUUGUCUUCAAGGGGCGCCACAGAGCUCUAGAUUCAGCAUCUUCAGUGUGAUCUUUGGUGGAAAUAUUGAGGUGUCAAAAACUACCCUCCUCACAAAAUUGGUUUCUAUGGCCCUCUCCAUUGGCAGUGGAGCAGUACUAGAUUGUGCGGCCCUUUGGAUGCAGGAGCAAGGCUGUCACAGCAGUACUGUAUGUGAUCUUGUACAGCGACUGGUGGAGGACUACUGCCUGCUGUUCCCAGAGAUCAGCCACACUUUCCAAACACUGCCCAGUGUCUCACCACUCUUCACCUGUAACUUCAUUACAGCAGUCGCCACCAUAUAUCCAUUUCAUGAAAUCUCUCGGGCACCUCCUCCAAUCCUGUUGGAAUACAUCACAAACUGGGUUUCCAGUGACCCUUGUUUGUGUUCAGAGUCUGUUCGACUUGUUCGCAUCCAGGCCAGUUUUUCUUGUCCAUUCUAUGGACUAGUGCAGUGGUGCAUAUUAGGACAAAUUCUGUGCACAACUCAUUGUGAUCCAGAUUCUUCAUUACAUAACAAACUGCACAGUGAUAAGACAAAGACAUUCUCAUUGCUUUCUAAACUACACUUCAGCAUCUUACAGAGUUUCCAGGCCUAUAAAAGCAUGGAGUUGAACCAGGAACUUUUCCACAUGUCACAUUUUCUGUCUAUAGCUAGGGAGCUUGUCAGAAUUUACCAACUCAGUAAAGAUAAAAUACAGGAGGAGGAAUUUCAAACGUUGGUUGAUCGACUCGGGCAAAUAAUCCAGGUUGCUAUAGUGACAGGUGGACUAAAGAUAUCUGGUGGUAAAGAAAUUGUAACUCUUUGUGAAAUCUUACCACAGAAUAGAUUACUUCAGAUCAUAGCAAGACCAUGGAUAAAUCAGCCCAUGGACACAUCAUAGUUACACCUCCUGCCAUUGUACAUAUUCCUUUUCAAAUUACGGUGCAUAAUAAAUGUUCAUACAAG